AAAUCAUAAUCCCAAUGUCUUUCCUUAACGGUGAUUUGUUCAGCUCGACACAACUGGGCUACAGGCGCUGAGAUGACAAUUUUAGGCGAGACACCUGCGACAUAACAUGAAACCAUCUGGGUCCGAAAUGCCAAAGUUCUUUUGUAGAAUCAAUCUUCCUGUGUGCACUUUUCAACCCAUUCUUCUGCCUGUCUGCCCCUCGCUUCCUUGUUGUCACCCCGUUGACUUGAUACAAUGCUCUAGUCCUCAUGGGUGUAUUCAGUAUCUACUUUUAUAUCAGCAACACAGAAUUGAUGCGCGCAUUACUAAAUUAAAUAACUCUGGCGUGACUCAUACGAAACAAACUGAGGGCUUGCCACGCGCGGUAAUUUUGGCUCAGAUAACAAAAUGAUGGUGGAAUAUAAGGAGAUGUUAGAAGACGGUAGCGUAACGUCUACUCCUAAACGGUCGGCUAGCGGGAGUAACAUCUCCACCCCGGUCCGGAUGAGGGACCAGUCGGUGCCGGGGAGUGUAACCUCCACCCCGCGGAGGUACGGGGACAUCUCCGUUGGUACAAGCAGGAGCGCGACGCCGAAGCGGCGGACCAGGAGCACGCUGGACGGGAGGGGGCUGAGGGAUGCCCCGCCGCCCAUCGUCGGGAUACUCGGCUGUGGGGAGUUCGGACUGGCCUUGGCUAGGAAACUGCUGAAGUCUGGCUAUCAGGUAGUGUUGGGAACACGUGACCCAGAGGCGAUGAAGAACCUGGUUCCGUUGGGCGUGACGCUCACCACGCGGUACGAAGCGGUACUGCAGGCGGAGGUGGUGUUCCUGGCGGUCCGGAGGGACCACUACGAUCAGCUGGUGUUUCUGACGGACGCCAUGAGCGGGAAAAUACUGGUGGACGUCAGCAUCACCAGCAGGUUCAACGACGGUUUGCGCUCCAACGCGGAGUAUCUGCAGUGGCGGCUGUUCCCGUCCUGCAGGGUUGUGAAGGGGUUUAACGUCAUCCCGGCCGCCGCGCUGGACGCAGAACUCAUGGACGGGCCCAAACAGGUGUACCUCUGUGGCGAUGACCACCACGCCAAAGCCACAGUCACCCACAUCGUUUACGACCUCGGGUUCAUUCCCGUGGACCUCGGCGCGCUGAAGUCGGCGGGGCACAUCGAGACCAUCCCCGCUCGCUUCCUGCCCUACUGGGGCCUGCCCGUCAGCGUCGGGAUCUGGCUCUUCAUCGUCAUGUUUCUCUACGUCAUGAUUCAGGACAUCAUCCGCCCUUCAGUCUCGGACGGGUCGAAUGAGCUGUCCCGUCUCCCCCUGUUCCUGGUCAACCGCGUCUUGGCCUUCGUGGCGGGAACCUUGCUGUCCGCGGCGUUCUUCCCCGACAUCUUCAUCCGGCUGGUGCGCAUCUUCAAGGGGUACGGGUACCGCGACUUCCCGGUGUGGCUCGGGGAGUGGCGGAAGGCUCGGCGGCACAUUUGUUUGGUGGGGGUGAUCGUGGGAGCCGUGCACGCCAUCAUGUCCCUCACCAUCCUCAGCCCCACCUACUACCCCGAGCUGUACGAGAAGACGUCCAACCGCGGGAUCCCGGCCCUAGGUAAGAUGAUGUGGUCGGGGGAGGCGUUUGCGUCCAUGGGCGCGGUGUGCCUGUCGGCCCUGCUCAUCCUAGGUAUCGCCAACAUGCCGUCGGGGAAGGACAAGCUGAACUGGCGGGAGACGACCUUCCUGUGGUCCAACCUCGGCACGGUCGCGCUGUUCACCGCCACGUUCCACGUGGUGUUCCUGGGGAUACAGGUGUACCCGAACGGAUCUCUUUACAGCCUGUUCACCCUGCCGGUGUCGCUGAUCUCGCUGUUCCCCCUGGCGGCUGCAGUACUACUGAAGUGCGUGACGUUGAUCCCGUACCUACAGAAGCACGUCAUCAGCAUCCGGGACAGACUGCAGGGCAGGAAGCGGCUGGACGAUGGGGACGAGCUCGUCGAAUGUGUGGUGGUGAACCUGUGAACGAGAGCGAAGGAACUGUCCUUGGUGCUGAAAUCACAUUCACUGCGAUGUAUUAGGCUGACGUCACAGUUCCACAAAGGGGCCCUCCGGGCAGUUUUAGGGAACGAAACGUACGAUGUAAAGGAGAACAAAAAUGCAAAAUGCACCAAAAAUAA